AUGUUUGGGUUUAGAAAAGCGCCACCAGCAAGGGCUUCUUCAGAACCCAUCCCUGCAGCAGCAAAAUCUGAAGGGAACUAUUUUGAUGAUGAGGAUGAUGACUGGGGGAGAAAGCCUUCAUCCACAGCAAAAGACAAGAACAGCCUUGAGAGCAAGAGUGUUCAGGAGCUGGAAGACUAUGCAGUGUCCAAAGCUGAAGACACAACAAAGAGUGUUAACAAUUGCUUAAGGAUUGCUGAGGAUAUUAGAGAGGAUGCCACAAGGACCCUUGACAUGUUGCACCAGCAGGGUGAACAGAUUACUAGGACUCACAAUAUGGUUGUUGAAACUGAGAAGGAUUUGAGUCGGGGUGAAAAACUCCUAAACAAUCUUGGGGGCAUGUUCUCUAAACCCUGGAAGCCAAAGAAGACCAGGGAAAUCCAAGGCCCUGUAAUUACACCAGAUAAUCCAUCCAAAAAGAAUAUAGCUAAUAAGGAAGACAGGGAGAAAUUGGGCUUAUCUCCUAUGCCCAAGGGACGCUCUGCUCCUACCACACCUCCUAAUGAACCAGCCAAUGCCUAUCAGAAAGUUGAUGUUGAGAAAGCCAAACAAGAUGAUGCACUCUCAGAUCUGAGUGACAUCUUGGGUGAUUUAAAGGGUAUGGCAAUUGGUAUGGGAACUGAGCUUGACAGGCAAAAUAAAGCUCUUGAUAAUCUGAGUGACGAUGUGGAUGAGCUGAAUUCUCGAGUUAAAGGUGCCAACCAACGUGCACGCAAAUUAGUAGGGAAGUGA